CUUCAUUUACCGACUCUUAGCGCUCUUAACGCACAUAACAAGCAAAUUAGCCAGAAUUUUAUAAUGAAGAAAAUGGCUACGAGAAAUAUUAAUAAUAUUGUGUAUCGGCCACCAGACACUGAUUCCGAUGAUGAUUAUGAUGGCUUCUAUUUUGGUGAUGAAUUAGCCUCAAGACCAAAGCAAUAUUUUACGAUUAAGGACGAAGAAGAAGAACUGCGAAAUGCCGUUUAUGGAGAUGAUCUUAUGAGUGUUAAAGAAAAUAUCAGUAAACUAAACUUCGAUGUAAACAGUCCGCUAAAGGGAGGCUACACGCUUUUAAUGCACGCCUGCAGGGAAGGCUUUUACGAAAUCGUAGAAUAUUUGGUGUUAGAAAAGAAAGCCAAUGUUAAUAAACAAGUUGAUUCCAUCACACCACUGAUGCAAGCGUGUGAUUGCAAGAGUAAAUCGUCCUUCGUAGUGGAUAAAAUCUGUAAUUUACUUUUGCAACACGGAGCUGUCAUUAAUGUUUCUGAUAAAUGUGGAACGACACCUUUCAUGUUGGCAUGUAAAAACGGCCACACUAAUAUAGUGCGCAUCAUGAUUAAAGAUGUGAGCUUUGACACUACGGAUAAUCGAGGAUGUACGCCAAUCUUUUAUGCCGUCGAAAAUAAUCAUGGAGAAAUUGUUAAAAUUUUGAUCGAUGCCGGCGUUAAUUACAACAAGCCCAACGGCAAAGGUUACACACCGAAGCAAGUGGCUCAAUUUCACGGCUUUUACGAUUUAUUAGAGUUUUUCCCGAUAGAAAAAGAGGAUGGCUAUAUAGUGCCAACACAAUUUCUAACCUACAGCACUUACCAUGAUUACAUACCGCGCGUAUUUCUGAGAUCCGAAUGUCCGGAAUAUUUUCAAGAAGUCUACAAAAUAUUGUUGUCAAUUAAUAUGGAAAGAUAUUUAGAGUAUUUUGCCAAAGAACGUGUGCCAUUAAGUAAAUUUUUAUGUCUUGAUGAUAAGGGUUUGGAAAAACUUGGGAUUCAAUUUCCUUUGUCUCGCAUGAAAAUAUUAAAAGGGUUAUUAGAUUUUCAUCUGCAUAAUUGGCGUAAAAAGUCGUUAAGUCGUCUUAACAAGUUUUCGAAGGAUAACUUCUACGAGGUUUUAUUGAUCACUGCCUACCAUUUAAAACGUUUAAUUAUAAUUAAUUCUUCGUUACGCUUCGUAAGACGUCAUUUGGAAGAAAAUCUUCUGGGACCUGUGGAAAAAGAGCAUAUACAAAUUAUGUUAAGACGUUUGGAGGAUUAUCAAUUGACCAUCAAGGCGCUAAGGAAUACAAUUACAUACUUGGCUUCAUUCAGUCCUGACAAAAAUCCCCUUUACAUCGACUAUAACGAGUAUUUAGCUGAACGUAAACGUUCCCGAAUUAAGUGGUACUUCAAAUACACUACUAUUGCUAUUGGUAUUUCAGUAUUUAUUUGUUCCAAGUUUAAAAGAUUUUUUUAAAUAACAAAGCACAAAUUAAAAACCAACUAAAGCACACGCAACCCCCACACACGCAUUCGCUUGCAUAUCUA